AUGAGUGAUGAAUCUGGAAAUUUGAGAGAAGUCUCUAGCGCUCGAUCAAGAGGUCGCGUUGUUGGUCUGCCGAAGAAAUGUUGGUGUGGAGAAUUAGUUAUCCCCUUGAUAUCGAAGUCAACCGCAAAUCGUUACAGGAGAUACUUUCGGUGUGAUUUUGCGGUGGAAAUAAGGCUGACUAAUGAUAAUCACACUUAUAAAUGGGUGAAUGAGGCGUUUUUGGAUGAGGUUGAAGCAUUGUCAUUUAGGAUAGGGAGACUUGAACAGACAAUUCUUGCUGAGCGUGUAAAAGAAGAGAGGAAGAAGUUUGAAGAGCUUAAAUUGAAGUUAGAGACUGAGAUUUGUGCAAGAAUGGAAGAUGUUGUGAGUAAAGCCAAAUGCGAGGUCAACAAAACGCUGGUGCCUGUUGUUUUAGGAUGUUUGAUCAUGGUUGUGUUGUCUAGGGUAAUAUAG